AUGUAUGGGCUGUUGCUGGAGAAUCUAGCCGAGUUCAUCAAGGUCGGCUACGGCGAGGACCAGUGGGAGGCGAUCCGGCGCGAGGCCAUGGUGGACAUGCCGUCCUUCUCCACCCACCAGGUGUACCCGGAAGGUCUGCUGCCCCGGCUGGCCAAGGUCGCCUGCAAGGUCCUGAAGGUCACAGAGCAGGAAUUCUUCGAAAACAUGGGCGUCUUCUUCGUGAACUUCGUCGGCCAGUACGGAUACGACCGAGUGCUCUCCGUCCUGGGGCGACACGUGCGGGAUUUUCUCAAUGGCCUGGACAACCUGCACGAGUACCUCAAGUUCUCUUACCCGCGCAUGCGGCCGCCGUCCUUCUUCUGCGAGAGCGAGACGGCCACGGGCAUGGUGCUGCACUACCGCAGCAAGCGCAGGGGCUACGGCUUCUACACCAUGGGCCAGAUCAAGCAGGUGGCGCGGCACUUUUACGACACAGAUAUGAAGAUCGAGCUGGUGCGCGAGGACUCCUUCAUGGACUCGUUCCACGUGACGUUCCAGCUGACAUUCGACAACCAAGCUUACCGCGAAGCGCACUCGUUCCAGCUGGUGCGGGACGAGCAGAGCCUGCCCAUCAGGGCCAGCAUCGUCUUCGAAUUGUUUCCCUUCUCCAUUGCCUUCACGUCAAACCUGGUGGUAAAGAAUCUGGGCCAGUCUAUGAUGACCAUUCUUCCGGAGCUGAUAGGAAAGAAGAUUGACGAGUGGUUCGACUUGGUUCGGCCGCUAGUCGAGUUCCGGUUUUCUGGGAUACUGAAGAAGACGAACAACAUAUUUGAGCUGAUCUCUAUCGACGCGCCUUCCCGCCUCCGCUCCAUGGACAGCAAGACCUACAACAAUCACAUGGUCGACAGCGACGACGAGAUGUUCGUCAAGGAGAAGAACCUGCGACUGAAGGGUCAGAUGAUGUACUUUGACGAGUGGCGGAUGAUCGUUUUCCUCGGCACGCCGGUCAUGCCCGACCUGGAGGCCAUGAUCCACACGGGACUCUUCAUCAACGACCUCUCCAUGCACGACUUCAGCAGGGACCUCAUGCUGGCAGGUACGCAGCAAUCGAUCGAGCUGAAGCUGGCACUCGACCAGGAGCAGCUCAAGUCCAAGAAGCUGGAGGAGUCCAUGCGUAAGCUGGACGAGGAGAUGCGCCGCACGGACGAGCUGCUGUACCAGAUGAUCCCCAAGGAGGUGGCCAACCGCCUGCGGAGAGGCGCUAACCCGGUGGACACGUGCGAGGUGUUCGACAGUGUCACAAUCCUGUUCUCUGACGUCGUCAACUUCACCGAGAUCUGCAGCAGGAUCUCGCCCAUGCAAGUGGUUUCCAUGCUGAACUCAAUGUACUCCAUUUUCGAUCAACUGACGGAGCUUAAUCGAGUGUACAAGGUGGAGACGAUCGGUGACUCGUACAUGGUGGUGGACGGCGCUCCCGAGAAGCGGCCCAACCACGCCGAGCGCAUCUGCGACAUGGCGCUGGACAUGCUGGACGGUAUCAAGGGCCUCACAGACCCCUCCACCGGCGACCAUAUCCAGAUCCGGGCGGGCGUGCACUCCGGAACGGUGGUGGCCGGCGUGGUAGGGCUGAAGAUGCCCCGCUACUGCCUCUUCGGCGACACCGUCAACACAGCGUCUCGAAUGGAGUCCAACAGUCAGGCGAUGCACAUCCAUGUCUCGGAGCCGACCAUGCAGCGGCUCGGCUCCGCGUACCGCACCGUCGAGCGUGGCGGCAUACACGUGAAGGGCAAAGGCACCAUGAAGACCUACUGGCUUGAGUCCAAGUCGGGCCGACGGCCGGUCGGGGAUAAGAUCCAGAUGGAGGGGGCGCUGCAGACGGACAACGCCAGCUCGCGGUCCUCCUCGGGCCGGGGCAGCUACACGCCCGUCAGCCAGGUGUUGCGCCAGGGACGGCCAAGCUCUACCGUCAGUAGCGCCACCAGCAUCCGAGUGGCCGACCUGGUGACGUUCGACGAGUCCCGCGUGAGCGACAUCAAGCGGCAGCGGAGCCGCACGCCGCUGAGCGAGUACUACGGCCGCACCUCUCGCGCGCACUCCAUCUCCUCUACCAGCCAGCUGGAGACGCGCUCGCCGCCGCCCACCUGCACUCACUCGAUGAACGAGCUGAGCCGCAGCAGCUCGCCCGCCGCCGCCACCGCCGGCGACGCCAUUAACCUGCCGGUCCGAGUUGCGUCGGUCCGCACCGGUGCCGCCAACUUCGACCUAGCGCUGGCCAAGCCCGGCUGUCAGUACAUCAAAAAGGUGGAGACGGGCGCGGUCGCUUCGAGCGGCUGCUGUCGGCCACAGGCCGCCCGGGCGCGCAGCUCGGUCUGCGCGCUCUUCUAG